UGUUUCUUUUCUACACAAAAGAAAAUCGCUUCCGGGUAACAUGUAAUAUUAAAGUUCUUGAAAUAUUUCCGAAUUUUUAACCGGAAGCCAUGACAGCAACUUUACAAAAGCUUCGUGUAUAUUGUAAGGACAACAUAUGAUCUACACAAUGAGGAGUUUUUUGUCACGUCCCAUCUGAGAAACCAAGACGUAGCGAGCUAAUGCUAAUGUGGAACCGAGCAGUUUUCAAAGAUGGAGACGCUAUUAUUUAAAAUGACAGAAAAACGUUUUCUUUUCACGGCUUCUGUUGUUAUACGCCUCGCCUUGGUCGCCUAUGGAGACUUCCAUGACAGGACUAUGGUAGUAAAGUACACUGAUAUUGACUAUCAUGUGUUCACGGAUGCUGCAAGAUUCAUCACGAAGGGUGAGUCUCCGUACAACAGAUCUACAUAUCGUUACACACCUCUACUAGCCUGGAUGCUAACUCCCAACAUUUACAUCAACUUCAUGUUUGGCAAGCUGCUCUUCAUCCUGUGUGACCUUCUGUCUGGCCUGCUGAUCUACGCCAUCCUGAGCCUGCGAGGUCUGCGUUCAGAGACAGCACGACAAAUGUGUUCCCUGUGGCUUCUCAACCCUCUGCCUAUGGGAGUGUCCAGUCGUGGAAAUGCAGAGUCCAUCCUGGCUGCUUUGGUGCUGGGGACACUGCUUUGUAUGGAGGGUGGCCGCAUAGUGUGGGCGGCGCUACUGUAUGGGCUGUCAGUUCAUAUGAAAAUCUAUCCUGUCACGUACGCUCUUCCCAUUCUUCUGAGUCUUCGCUCGUCACAAAGAAGAUCUGAGGAACAACAAAAAUGGUGGAAAAGAUUGUUUGGCUCGUUGGGACGUUUCUUCAACAGAGAAUUGUUCCUCUUUGCAAGUGUUGCUGGGGGCAUUUUUUGUGUUUUAACCGCACUUUUCUAUCACAUGUAUGGUUGGACGUUCCUCCAUGAGACUUACUUGUACCAUCUAACCAGAAGAGAUAUCAGACACAACUUCUCUCCUUACUUCUAUAUGCUCUACCUGACUGUAGACAACAGGUGGAGUCAGUGUCUUGGCCUGGUGGCCUUCUUGCCUCAGUUGACCCUUCUGUUGGUGACAUCAUGGUCUUUUCACCGUGACCUUGCUUUUUGUUGUUUCCUGCACACUGCCAUCUUUGUCACCUUCAACAAAGUCUGCACGUCACAGUACUUCCUGUGGUAUCUGAGUUUGCUUCCUCUGGUCAUCCCUCACCUGAGUCUUUCAGUCAAACAAGGAGUAGGACUGCUGCUCCUCUGGUUUGCAGGACAGGCUGCAUGGUUGGCUCCAGCCUACUUCCUGGAGUUUGAGGGCUACAACACUUUUGUGUUUAUUUGGCUUUCUGGAUUGUUCUUUUUAACCGUGAACUGUAUCAUUCUCAUACAGAUUAUUGUACACUACAACAACAAUCAAGUCAACAAGAAGAUAACAAAGUUGAUAUAAACCUUUAUGAAAGCUUUUUUAAUGUAUUUUUGCUUGUGAUUGCACGUGAUUUACUAAUCAAAUACACAGUAAGAAUAACUAAUUUGAUCAUGACGGCUCAGACAAUAAAACGAUUGUAAGAAUUACACUAAAAGUACAAAACCAAUUUCAAGCAAACUGUAGAGGAUCUGCAUAAAAGGUUGAUAGAAUAAAAUAUUGAUCUCUUUAUUUUUUAUUAUGUUUUGUGUUUUUCUUUUGUUCGUUUGUUUCGGGAGUAGACUUGCUAAGUUUUAUUUUGCUUAUUCUGUUGGUAAAAAGUAAAUACACAUGGUUAGUGACAAGGUAAAAUUGGUAUCGUUUAAUGUUAAUGGGCUACUGAACCCAAUUAAACGCAGUAAAAUCUUAUCGUAGGUGAGGACAGAGCAAGCUCACAUAGUGUAUUGACAGGAGGCCCACUUGGCUGACAAGGAGCAUGUAAAACUAAAGAGAAUGGGCUUCACUAAUUUGUUUUUUUCUUCAUAUAAAUCAGGACAUAGGAGAGGAGUUUCUAUUCUCAUCUCAAAUAAGCUAAAUUUUGAAAAAGUAUUGGAAUUUGGUGAUAAGGAGGGUAGAUUUAUUUUAGUAAAGGGGAAGAUAGAUGGGAAGUCAAUCACCCUAUUGAAUGUCUAUGCACCCCCUGGGAGUGCUAUUAGUUUCUUCUAAAACAUCACCAAUAUUGUGGUAACGAAAACCGAAGGUCUUUUGAUUUGUGGUGGGGAUUUAAAUACAUACUUAGUCUCUUCUUUGUUAUGGGACACCUUGAAGGCUGUUGUAAGAGGGAAAAUUAUAGCAAUAUCUUAAUUUAAGAAAAAAAAUUAGAAUACAAAAUCAGAUGACUUAAAAAAAAAAAAAAAGGAAUUAGAAAGAAAACAUAAAUUAGAUUUGGCAUUGGAUACAUUAAGGGAAACAAGAAAUAUUAUGAAUGAAAUUAACAGUUUGACCACACAAGAAAAAAAAAUCGAAUGUUUCUGAAACAUAGACACUAUGAAAGUGGCUCUAAGUCUAUAAAAAUGUUGGCCUGGAAACUGAAAAAAAAGAUAGCGGCAAACACAAUCCAUAGAAUUAGGGAUCCAAGAACAAAAGUGAUAAAAACUAAACCAAACGCAAUUCAAGAAGCUUUAGAAUUUUUUUUAUAAAACCUUUUACUCCGAGGUCUCUAAUAGGAGCGUAACCCAAAUUGAUAACUUCCUGAACUUCCUGGAUUUACCUACUUUAGGUGGAGAACAAAAUCAAACAAUGUCUGCAGAUAUAAUUGAAGAUGAAUUAAAAGGUGCAAUUGGUAGGCUUAAAUUAAGUAAGUCUCCAGUAUCAGACGGUUACACAGCAGAGUGGUACAAGGAAUUAAAAAAAAUAUUAAUACCUGUUUUACUCCGCACACUGAAUUGGGUUUUAAAAAAGGCACAAACGCCUCCUAGUUGGAACCUGAAUAGACCCGCUCAACGACAGUGCGCCUUAUAAUCCGGUGCGCCCUAUGGUCCGAAAAUUACGGUAAUGCACAUAGCUGUACACAUAAACAAAAGUCAAUAAGGCUCUGUAUCAUGCAGUCUCCUCCACACAGCACAUAUGUUUCCAGCUUCUGGUAUCAAAUAAACACCCAGAGGACCCUGUAACAUGUUACAAAUACAUGUUACAUGUUACAUGUUGCUGCCUGUUUACAAUUUUGAUAUUUGAUUAACACUUUAACUGCAUGUUCACAUCCUUGAUACUAACAUUUGUACAUGUAUUAAAAAAGGUUUAUAUUGUCCAAAAACCGAAAUAAAUGUAGCACAGGAAGGACCUGCGACUUCUUAAAAUGACAGUACAGGUAUCGACACUUUGGUCUGAAUACAACAUACAGAAUAUUGGAAAAUAAAUCAUCUUAACCAUUUUUGAAACAUUGAUGAUCAGGAUUUGGUGACAUUUCAUCCUUACCAAUAGAAUUAUAAUUUCAACCUGGUUACACAAGGAUAUGACUUCCUCAAAAUAGCCACUUGUCAAGUAAGCUCAUUUCGAAAAAUGUCAUAUGUUUUUACCAAUUACGCUCAAUGGAAAGCCAUUUAGCAAUUGUUAUACUUUAAUAGUGUGUCAAAUAUUACAAUUCAACUGUUAUUACUUUAUUUCUUCAAUUAAUUAAUAAAACAUACUGCUGUCUUUGAGUUUAAAAAUUGCCAUAGAAAUCCUGACGUGACGUAUUUGUCACGACAACAAAGAUGCAAAUAAAACACUCAGAAUGUGAUCUACUAAAGGUUUGCGUGUAUUAAAACGCAUGCAAAACUUAAUGAAUUAAAAGUUGAUCUACUAAAUUCAUGCACAGAUGAUUGUGUCUGUUAUAGGAUCAAAAUAGUUCAUUAAAUCAAUGUAGUAUGUUUUGCUUCAUGUGUCAUGAUGAUUAUUAAAACACACAAUACUGGGAGGUGGAGAUGCAACUAUAAUCGUUUAGCGCUUGGAAUGCGAUGAAUCAAACCUGAAAGGUUUUGUGUCUAUAUCAAGGUUGGAAUUUACGUGAAAAACUGGCUCAGUUAUGUAGUGGAUUGUCCGAAGCUUAAACAGCAACAAAAGUGAGUUUAGUACAAAAGGUUUAUUUACCCAUAGUCAAAAAGUACAACGUUGGAUUGAGUUGCCCGUGCAGACAGACAAACGUCUUCCGGAGGACACAAGAAUCAAGCAAUCUCACAUAGCCCUUGUCUCUUGGCCAUUUUAUCUGUUUCCUUCAUGCGUCAAGGUCCUGUUGUUUUCGACCUGUUUGUUCUGCAACAUCCUUGAAUCCCUUAGUCAUGAUAGACAAUCAAAACAUUUUGUAGAAUGGUCAGAGUGACUCCAUAUUCAUCUUUUACCUACAUCUGGUCCUCCAAUGGUUUAGAAUAGAAAAGAAUGAAACGAGCAGACAUUUUUGACAGACACGAAAUAUAGUUCAAAAGUCAGAAAUUCCACUACAGUUACGCACAAAUGGUUGCACUACGGUCAGAAGGAGUCUAUUGCUGCAAUAUGAUCAAAUGCAGAUGAUGGAGUAAGGGAAUCUUCCAUGUUCGUGUCGACAAUAGACAUGUUUUUGUCAGGAAAUACAAAUAUUAGAUCGAUCAGCUGUCUAGCAAUUCUAUCUUUAAGCUGAUCAAAGACCUAAGGGUUGAUUUGGAAAGGUGUUUGUUUUAGUGGCAUUUGUUUU